CUCUAUAUAUCACAGAACGCACGGGGGGGUGCACUGACACAGAGAGGAGAACAGGAGGAGUCACCAGAUCCAGACUUCCCCAAGUGAGAGCGAGAGCGAGGCACAGGAACUCAGCGCUCCGGAAAAGAGUGGAGGAACUGCCCAGUCCAACAAUGGCCACAAACCUUCUCAAAAACCCUUGUGGAGAAGAGCAGCUGGAAUGCUGGGAGAUAACGGAGAACGGCGGCAGCGAAUGGCGUGUGGAGGAGAUGCCGGGCGAUUGUGGCCACGCCAUUUGCGACGAGGCGAUGACCAAAUAUUUUGCCACCUCCUUCGAGUUGUGUCUGAAGAAGCAGGUGGUGGACCUCCUGGCUGAGGGCUUCCAGGCGGAUGCCCUGGAUGCACAGCCACCUGUCACUGUGGAGGACUGGUACUGUGGGCGUUCAGAUUGUGGCUGUACCUACCAGCUCUCCGUCUCUCUCUUGGAUGAGAAUCAAGAGAUCCUCCAGGAAUUUAAACCCGACAAUGUGACCCUUGACCCUGACAGCGAUGACUGCUCCUGGAGACAGGUGACGCACACAUUCUCAGACUACGGACCAGGUCUUCGCUUCAUCUCCUUUGAGCACGGGGGCCAGGACUCCAAGUUCUGGGACGGCUGGUUUGGCGUGAGAGUGACAGGAAGCUCUGUCACAGUGCAGGCCUGAGGGGGGUGGAGCCAGAGAUCCAGCACUGCAUGAGCUGUCACUAAAGCCACACGUCACACUGCACCUGUAACACAUGAUGUCAUAAAGGAUGUGUAGCCUAUGUUUUGUUCUUACUGAUCUGCAAUGUGGGAACUGGAAGGGCGGCAGUGUGGAGCCUUGGGAAAGAGAAUAGUUACGUGCUAGGUCUGAAUCCCAGAUGAGUGCUGCUGUGUAGCAUUUAGCAAGGUAUGUAUUUAUGAGCUGCUUCAGUUAAUACAGUAUAUUAGGCUGAAAAAAUAAAUGAUGACAUGAAAUGUCAAGUAUAAGUGAACCUUCUAUAGAAGAAGAUGCUAAACUAAGUAAGGAAUGAACAAACAGCUUCUGAAAACCUUUUUUCCCCCAGCUGUAUACACAUGCUGCUAAACAUCACACUGGACCCUUUUUCUGUGUGUACACUGACCGCUACCUCUAGAUAGCAAUUACGUUUUAACUCGUAUUAGUAAUAGUAUUCUAAUAUUUUAAAAGGACUAAAUGUGAAAGUGUGAAAAGUCCUUAAAUAUACAAGAAUUACGUAAUUGCUGUAAUUACAUGAGAAGGAAACCUUGGGCUUGUCAUAGUGUCAGGAGGUGGAAAUGUAAUAAACAAAUAAACAUACUGUAUUGGU